AUGCUCUUCAAUAACCUCUUCACACUCGUUGCUUCGGCUUCCCUGGUCGCUGCUUUUCCCGGCUACUCUCCACCUCACCUCAAGUCUUCUUCUCCCGGAUACCCCGCUGAGUCAGUCUGUACUCCAUCUACAUGGAUCAGCACUAGUGUCGGAGAGGACAAGACUACCUACCUUUCUACCAAGACUGUGGUGGUUCCAGUCACCACUGUCACGGAGAAAUACUCUACUACCACGUCGCCCUGUCCAUACACUACUACAGGCGUUAGCACAAAGACCGUGACUGAUUUCACUACGUAUCUCACCACCAAAACCUACUCGACUGUGACAACCAUCUACGGCACCAAGGUAGAAAGCGAAGUUAAGUCAUCCACCAAGUGCGAGACCGUGCCAUUCGUCUCCACUGGUACUUCCUACAAGACCAGCGUUGCCACUGCUAAGGAGACCGUUACAUCCUCGAAGACCACCGCAUCCGUUGUUACGGAAACUGCGAAGAAGCCGACUACUCACAUCACCACUGGCACUACCACAGUCUGCACGACUAAGGACAGCUAUGGCGGCGGCUACUAA